AUGAAACCAAGAAAAAAUGUUGAUGUUGUUAAAAGAAGUUCACAACAAGAGUUAACUGCUACUAUUCCAGUGAGUGAUUCAUGGGAAGGUAAAAUUGAUAUUACUGGUGUUACUGGAAUGGGUAAUGAUGUUCAUACUAUUGGUUCAUUAGGAUUAUUAAGUAAAAGUCUUGUAUUUAGAGAAUUAUGUGAUUGUUUUGAUCAAUUUAAAAUUAUGGAUGUACAUAUUUGUGGUGAUGUUACUAAAGGUGUAAGUGCUAAUGUUUCAUUUAAUACUGUUUGGAAUACAAAUUAUGCUUAUAGAGUAAGUACUGAUGAUGGUGUUAAUUAUACUCCAUAUAAUUAUAAUGAUUUUAUUAAAUUGAUUACUACUGGUGAGUUGACUGAAGCUGAUCAAUCAAAUAACUUACUUACUUAUUUAAAUACAAAUUAUUCAUAUGGUAAAGCUAUUAAUAAACCUUCUGAUGAACAAGGAAGUAUUGUUACACAAGAAAUAACAUUUCCUUGUAUUUAUGGAAUGGCUGCUAGACGUACAAUUCCUAAUGGAUUUUAUCAAAAUGUAAUUGGAAGUAAUACUUAUUAUAGUGAACCAUCUUAUGAUGAGUUUUCUUCUUAUUCUUCUUAUAUUUAUCAAUCUAAAAUGCCCGGUGCACCAAUGCAUUUAUCAUUAGAUAUUCAAGGUGUUAGUAGUAGUGAGAAAAUGAUGACGAUUCCAACAAUUAUGAGUGGUAAAUUAUAUGAAUUUAAACCAGAAUUACAAAAUGGUAGAUUUAUUCCUUGUAUAUUAUAUGGUGCAAAAGCUCAAUUACCUGGUAUGACUGGUGAUGAAAAUAAUCGUAUGUUGAGUGUUGUUCAAUAUUUUGAUGAAAAUCAAUCUGAAUGGAAUACUGCUUCGAGUGUUAAACAAACUAAUGUUGUUGUUCUUGAGAAAGGUGCUGAACCAACUGAACAGGUUCCUAAUGAUUUAUAUGCUAUAUUAAAAGAAGGUGUUAAAAUUGAAAUAACUGAAAUUAGAGGUACUAGACUUGAUUUUAUUGAUAAUAAUCAAUGGACUGCUUAUUUGAAUCAGGUUAGUACUAAUGCUAGUUUAACAAUUAAUGAUAGUUAUAUUCUUAAAGUUAUGGGAUAUAUUACAGUAAGAUUUAAGCAAUUGAGAACAACUAAGAAUGAAAUUGCUGAAUCGUUUUCUUUCUUACAUUGGUAUAUUUCUGAUGGUUCAAAUGUAUUAAAUGAAAUGAUUCCUCUUACUGGAGAAGGACAUUAUGAAAAUGAAUAUAUGUAUUUUGAUAUUUAUAUUAGAAAACCUAAUGAGAAAUGGUCUGAUGUUAUUGCCGAUGCUUCUUACAAUAGUAAUAAUUAUGUUUACACUCUUGUUAUGGGAAGUGUUAGUAAUGCUCUUAGAAUUUAUUCUUAUUGUGUUGCUAGUGAUUCUUCCAGAUUUAAUAUGACCAGUUUCUUCGAUGAUGUUAUUGGCAGUAAUUAUGAAAAUAACUAUUCUAUUGCUGUUGGAGUUAAAUAUAAGACUGGUGUUAUUAGUAAUUCUGGUAAAUUCACUGUUAAUGCUGGUGGACUUAAUAUUGGAAGAUCUACUUCUGAUGAUUAUAUUGCUGCUGUUUUUACGAAUAAUAAUACAUCUAUUACUUCUACUUAUGUUAGUAAAGUUGAUUCGUUAUCUGGUAAGACUGUGCCUUUACGUACUAUGAGAAGAAGAGGAAGAAGAGGUACUUUAAGAAGACAAGCAUUUGGUAAUUUUGCAAGUGCAAUGCAACAAAGAGAUUCUACUAAUGUAGUAAUCUCUGUACAAGAAGAUGUUAAUAUUAAUGUACCUAUUGGUUCAAGUGAAGCUACAUUAAUUAGAAAUGUAAAUGCUAUUCUUACUUCUACUCAAUAUUUUGAAAAUUAUAUGGGAAUGUAUGAUCAAUAUAAAGUUAAUGCUGUUAGAGCAUCACUUGAAAUGACAUUUAUUGGUAAUGGUUUAUUGAAUAGUGCUACUUUCCCUUCUAUUUGUACUGCAUGGGAUAGAAAUGGUGUUAAAAUUAAAGUAGUUGAAGUUAAUGGUACUAAAUAUUUUGGAGUACCUGAUUAUGGUGUUGUAUCAAGUUAUUCAUCUGCAAAUGAAAAGACAUUGUAUUAUGGAAGUAGAUGGGGUGUUAUUAGACAAUUAGAUGCUGCUUCAAUGAUGGAAAAAUCAAUGUAUUUACCAACAACAAAUACAAAACAAGUAUUAUCACAAGAUAAUAUGUAUAGUGCAUGGAAUCCUCAAUUACUUAUUUCACUUAAAGCUCCACAAGCUGUUGUUGCUAUGAAUGCUUGUACUUUAACUAUUCAUUGGCAAUUUGAUGUUACAUUAAGAGGUUUAAGAAAAGUUCUUACACCAAAUACUGAAAUAUUUAAACCAUAUUCUGGAUUUAUUGGUUAUGCUAAAAAUAAUAUGGGAUUAGUUGUUCCUUCUGCUACUGAUGCUUCUACUUAUAUUGUAGUUGGAAAUGCUGAUAAUAGUAGUAAACCUUCUAUUAAUCCUGAUACUGUGUAUAAUGCAACAGAUUCUAGUUAUACUAAUGGAGGAAUCGUAUUACCUAAUAAUGGUAUGCCUGAAAUUUAUGAUGAUGAAGAUGAAGAAUACCAUACUAAUUGGUCUGGAUAUCGUACACAAUUUAGAUAUCAUAGACAACCUAUUGAUAAUGAGGUUCAAUUUUAUCGUUAUGGUGUACGUCCUUAUGUACCUUAUGAUAGAUAUUAUAAAAAUGAAGAAGAAGAAAAGGAAAAAGAUAAAGUUAAGCCCAAACAACCAUUAAGUGAAUAUGAACGUAAUAAACUUAAACAAGAAAUGAGGGAUGAAAUGAAACAACAAAUUAGAGAUAAUAAUAGACAACAACAAGGUGUUAAUAAAUCAUUACAACAACAAAUUAAUGAUGCUAAUCGUAUUGCUAAUGAAGCUAAAUUAAAAGCUCAAAUUGCUGAUAGUGAUUUAGAUGAAUAUGCUGAACGUACUGAAAAACGAUUCAAUGAUUAUAGACAGAAGUUUAUUACAUAUGAUACGUAUCAAGAAACUCUUCAAGAUCAAAUAAAUUAUAAUACAAAUGAAAUACAUGAUAUUAAAGAAGCUGUUAAAAAAGGUAGUUUAGAUCAACAAGAAGCUAAUAGGAGAAUUAAGAAGAUUAAGAAUAAACAAAAACAAUUAGAACAGCAACAAAUUGAACUUAAUCGUAAUCAAAAUAUGUUUAUUACUAGAGAAGAAAUGCGUGCUUAUCAAAAUUAUUUGAAUUCAAGAUUUGAUCAAACUGAUAAUCGUUUACAAGAAUUAAGUUAUUAUGUAAAUAAUGUUAAAAACAUGGAUGAACGUAUUGAUGGUAUUGAAAAUAUUUUAAAUGCUCAUCAAGUUACAAUGGGACAGUUAAUGAAUAUUAUUUCUAGGAAUAAACGAGAAACUGAUGCUACUCUUGCUACUUUAAGUAAUGAAAAUAAAUUAUUAUAUAGAGGUCAAAAUGAUCUUGCUAGAGCUAUUAUGCAAUAUGAAGGUGAAAAUCAAGUUCUUAGAAAGACUGUAUUUGAUCUUACAAGUUAUUUAACCAAUUUAAAGGUUGUUAGUCCGGAUCAGUAUAAUCAUGAACAGGAUCAGAUUUUAAAUUAUAUUCAACAUUUAAACAAUCGUAUGGAAUAUAAUCAACGAUCUCUUGUUAACGCUAAAGAUAAACAACAACAUUUUGAAAAAGAUUUUGAAUAUAUGAAGCAGAAUGCAUUGGUUAUUGAACAAAAGGUUAAUAAUGAAGUAUUUAGACAACAAACUAAUGAUGUGUAUUUUGAAAGAUGGAAACCUAUUAUAAGUAUUUGUAAUAAAGUUGGUGGAAAUUUAAAAAUUGAUAAAGAUGAAUUAUAUAAAUACGUUUAUAGUAUUUCUGAUCCUGCUGAACGUACUAAGGUAAUAAGAACACUUGAUGCACAAUUUGCUGCAGUUGCUAGGGGGUUUAGAUUAUAUAAUCAAAAUCCUAAUGCUGAUAUAUCUAAUAUGGUUAAUAAUAUUAAUAAUAUACAGACUGCUUAUGGAGAAGGUAAUAGAGGUUAUAAUGCUGCUCAAAAUUUUAAAGAAGGUAAACAAAAAGUUGUAGUUGUUAUUCCUGUUGCUACACGUGCUGAUAAAGUUCAUGUAUCUCAACCCGAAAUUGUUGAAGAUAGAGAAUUUGCAAAGGCUUUUAUUGGUAAGAAUCGUAUUGCUUCUCAAGCUUUUACUGGAUUUAAACAACAACGUUUUCUUGAGUAUAAUGCUGAACGUGGUUUAUUUGAUGAAGUGAAUAAGGUAUUUGCUCAAGUUGAAAAGAAAGUUGGUGCUCAUGAAGGUAGAGUACACAAAAAUAAUAAAUAUACACAACGAUAUUUUGAAACUGUUGAUUAUGUUAUAAAACAGUAUACUGAUCCUUCUGCUAAUUCUAAUGAUCGAAGACAAGCAUAUGAACUUCUUAAAAAGGAUGCUAUUAAUUUUAUGAAUGCAUAUGAUUCUGCCACUGAACAUGAUAAUGUUUCUAAACAACAACAAUUGUUAAUUGAAAAUGGUGUUCAAUCUGGUUCUUUGAGUCUGGCUUUACAUAAUCCUAAAGUACAAGAGAAUUUACAAGAGUAUUAUACUCGUACUCAGAAAGAUUAUUAUAAUCAAGUUAAUCGAGAUGAACAAGCUAAACAAAAUGGUCAAGUUACAAAAGUUGAUAAUACUGUUAAAAGUAACGAUGAUUAUGUUAAAGACCUUAUUAAACCUAAGAAGAAUAAACCUGGUUAUAAACCAAGUGCUGUUGUAAUGGAAGUUGAUCCUGAUUUAUUAAAUGAUUUGAAUAUUGUUACUCCUGGUAAUAAACAAUUCGGUGUUACAGUUGGUGAAGAAACUCAAGUUCCUACUCAAUAUUUAACUAAUGUUAAUCCUUUGUUACUUAAAGAUAAUUCUGAUAAACUUAAACUUAAAGAUAAACAGACUCAACAGACUAUUGGAUUUGAAUAUAAACAACCUCAAAUUGGUUAUAAACAAAAACAAAAACAAAUUGAUUAUGAAUAUGAACCUCAAAAAUUAAUUGAAUAUCCUUAUAAACAACCUCAAAUAGAAUACAAAGAAAAGAAACCUAAAAUACAAACAGUUGAUGGCGCUUCAUUCGAUCCAUCUACUACUCAACCACAACAGUCUAAUUCUACUGAUGAUCCAAAAUAUAAAAGGAGACCAGAAGUAAGAAGAUAUAUAAUUAAUUAA